CCUACAGAGGUGGAGGGACGAUGCCACCGUCUCGUAAUAACGGACAGUGCACGACCUGACCGCGUCAUCGAAAUUAAGAAUAUACACCGUUAUUACGACAUAUUGGGGCAGUAGAAGAAAGGGAAAGACAGUUUAUUCGUUUAAAAAAAGAUAUCUUAUUAGAAAGAAAGGAAAAUACUUGAAACUGGAUGAACUCCCUGGCUCACAUCCACAAAAGUGAUUCUGUCAUUAUGAAGAAGAGCAAUUUAGCCAAACGGGGUCCCCAAGAUGUCAACCAGCUGUCAUCGCAGCCAGACAAAGUCGGCUGGAUCCGCAAGUUCUGUGGUAAAGGGAUUUUUAGGGAAAUAUGGAAAAACCGUUUCGUGAUACUGAGAGGAGACCAUCUGUACAUCUCUGAGAAAGAGGUGAAGGAUGAGAGGAAAGUCCAGGAGUUGUUUGACCUGGCUGACUACGAACGCUCUGAGGAGCUGCGCAAGGCCAAGAGCCGCAGUAAGAAGAACCACAGCAGGUUCACCCUGCUCCGCUGCAAGCAGCCUGGGAAUAUAGUUCCCAAUCUUGUGUUUUUGGCUGUUAGCCCCGAGGAGAAGGAGUCGUGGGUCAAUGCCCUCAAUACAGCCAUCAUCAAAGCCAAGAACCGCAUUUUUGAUGAGGUUACAAUUGAAGAGGACAGUGUCCUGGUGCACCCUACACGUGAUCGUGCCAAGAUUCCCCAUGCACGGCGCUUGCCCACCCGGGGACAUCUCUUGGCUGUGGCAUCCACCUCAUCAGACGGAAUGUUGACCCUUGACCUUGUCCACGAGGAAGAUGACUCCACCCCAGAAGAUGAGGAAGAAGGCUUCUGGGAAAAUAACUUCAGGGUUGACCUAGACAAAUGGACCACAUGUCGUCAGCGUUCUGGCACAGACGUCUCCAAACUCUGUGUCACCACAAAGGACCUAAAGGUACCCAAGACGGGCAGCCUGCCUUGCGGGAGUGAGCUCUCCUGGGACCGGGUGCACCAUCUUGAGGCUCAAUCCCGUACCCCUCCACCAGGGAAGAGGUUCAGUGCCCAAGGUAGGAGCCGCUGCGCCUCCAUGGACGAGGUCCUUUCCUUGCGGCCAGUCAGGGGUGUCCUUCACCCUCACCCCAUAGGUGAACCUGUCCAGCCUGUCGGACCACUGCAGAGUCUUAUUGCCCAGAAAAUGCAGAGGGCUCAGGAGCUGCUGGAAGAAAUGCGAUUGGAGGAACUGCAACGUGCAAAAGGCUUAGACUCGCCCUAUCUAAAGGGCAUUGACUCACCCCGUUUGUACCAUUUAAGAGGCUCUGAGUCUCCUCACUCCAGGGCCUCAGGUUCACCUCGCAGUAAGAGUAGUGACUCCCCUCGUUUGAGGGUGAAAGACUCGCCUCGUUUGAGGGGGAAAGACUCACCUCGUACGAAGGGCAAGAAGUCCCGCUCAAAAGGUACAGACUCACCCCAUUCAAAGAGGGCUGACUCUCCUAAUUUGAAGGGUAACAGCUCUCCCCGUCUCAGGGUUACUGACUCGCCCUGUAUGAAGGGUUCGGAUUGUUCCAGUUUCAAGGAAACAGACUCGCCAAGUCUGAAGGGUUCUGACUCCCCACGUCUCAAGAACAUUGGUUCACCCUUUUCAAAAAGUUUUGACUCAUCAAGUCUGAAGGGUUCUGACUCGCCUCGCAUCAAGGAUACUAUUCUGAGGGGUAAGGACUCGCCAAAUAUAAUUGGUAAGAACUCCCCAAGUCUGAAGAGUAUCGGCUCACCUUCCCUGAAAGGUGCUGACUCGCCCCGUCUGAAGGGUAAUGACUCACUGCAUAGUAAGAGUGCACACUCACUUCUCAGUGACUGUGAUUUGGAGAGUAGACGGGCGGAGGCGGAGCGACUUCUGCAGGAGGCCGUCUCCUCCUGGCGUCAGGCUAAGGAGGUGCUGGAGGAGGUGAAGGAGCUGCAGACGCAGUCACUAAACCGCCGCUCUGAAAAGAAGACAAUAGACAGUCCCCCAACACCACCACCGGACUAUAGGCUGGAGGACGCAUGCCUCUGUCGCCACCACAGCUGAAAAGCACGCUGGGUUGUCUCCAAACAAAGAGAAAAUAAAAGAGCACUUGGGGCAUGGAGUAAAUACAUUUUUGUCACAUUUUGUUGUCAUAACAUGCCAGUGUUGAAGUACAAAGCUUUUAGGCUGUAUUGCUCCCUUUGCACUUUCCUAUCUUGAUCCUUGCAUUCAGAAAGUAUUCAGACCCCUUCACUUUUUCCACAUUUUGUUACGUUACAGCCUUAUUCUAAAAUAAUGA